AUGGGGCAGGAGAGCAUCGGUGAGCUGCUUCUUGGUUUCUUCCAACUCUGGGGCAAAGAGGUGUUCGAGGCCAAGUCACCGGCCCCCGCAGCCGAAGGGCUGUGCUUCUUCUCUAGCGAUUGGGCCGACAUGAAGCUGCCUACCACACACCGAUUUCCCAUCGACAAGUACCGCCUAACGAGGUGCAUGCUGGAAGAUGCUGGCAUUCGGGUAGUACCUGGCCCCCUAGCCACAUUUGACGAGGCCUGCUUGGCCCAUGACCAGGCCUACGUCCAGAGCAUUUUCGGAGGAGAGGCCACGGACCAGAUGCGCCGGCGCGUGGGUUUCAGGGAAGCCCCAAUGGAGGCGUAUGUUCUCCGAACCUUGGCAAGCCUUGGUGCCACUGUGGCUGCUACACGCCACUGCCUCACCAAUGGCAUCUGGAGUGGUGCUGUCUCCGGGGGCACGCAUCAUGCCUUUGCUGACUCUGGCGAGGGGUUCUGCGUCUUCAACGAUAUUGCUGUGGCCGCCCGCCUUGCCCAGCGCGAGUUUCAAGUCUCUUCGAUCCUUAUCAUAGACCUUGACGUGCAUCAGGGCAAUGGCACUGCAGGUAUUUUCCACGGUGACAGCUCCGUGUACACUGUGUCCGUGCACCAGAAAAAGGGGUAUCCCUUCUCGACACGAUGUGCCUCGGACCUGGAGGUGGAUCUUCCUGAUGGCUGCGACGACGAGCACUUCCUCCAAGCUCUCGAUCCUCUCCGCGACCUUAUCUAUCGAGCAGGCAGGGCUUUAUGCAAAAGCGGGGAUCAAAGAAUAGAGUUAGAGCCAUAUGCUUGA